UCCUUUAUGACUUGGGCCAUUGGAUGACUCAGCUGUAAUAAAGUUCAAAGUUCAAUUACCAACUGUUUCUCUCCGGCUCCGGUCAGAAACGAAAUUAGAUCAACACAUUUUGAGCAAUUUUUAGUACUUUCUUUCUUUUUUAGAACAAAUAAAAAAGUGAUGAAAAUAUUCUCUCCCAAGGUUUUUUGUCUGAUCUUGGCACAUGCCCUCUAUUCGAGUUCUCUUUUCCAAAUCGGAGAGUCGACAACAACUUACCGCGCUCACACAUGCUCAAAUUCUACGACUGGUACUUUAACCCAAAACAGUACCUACCUCUCCAACCUCAAUCUCCUUCUCUCCUAUCUCACCACCAACGCCACCAAAGAUGGUGGCUUCUACCAAACCACCGUCGCCAGCGGCACUCCCGACGCCUCUGCCGGCCUCUUUCAAUGCCGCGGAGACGUAAAUGCUUCCUUAUGUAGAGAAUGCGUUAGAAACGCUUCCACAGAGGCAUUUAAGCGGUGCCCAUUAGAAAAGGGAGCCACAAUCUGGUUCGACGAGUGCUGGAUACGGUACCAGGACGGCUCUUCCAUAUCGCCGGGCAUGGUACCGGCGUUGUUGUUGUCUAAUACGCAGAGUGUGACGGAAGCGGAGGAAUUCAACGAUUUGUUAGCGGAUGUUAUGAACAAACUGGUGGACCAAACCGCGAAUUCCGGGUCGGGUAAGAAGUUCGCGACGGACGAAGAGAACUUCACGAGUUCGCAGACUUUGUACGGCUUGGCGCAGUGCUCAUCAGACACGUCGGCGUCGUUCUGCAACACGUGCUUGCGUAGCGCCAUCGGUUUCUUACCACAGUGCUGUGGGGGCAAACGAGGUGGUUCCAUUUACUUGCCCAGCUGCAUCACCCGAUUCGAGCUCUACCCUUUCUACAACUACAAUACUACUACCCCUUCAAGUUCAACUCCGGUUCCACCUUCAGCAGUGAAAGAAAAAGGAGGAGGUUCGAUAAUUACAAUUAUUGCUAUUGUUGUGCCAAUUGGUGUGGCUGUAGUGGUCUUCUUGAUUGGCUUCUGCUACCUCCGUAGGAAAGUAAAGAUCAAGAAAUACCUCUCUGUUCGGCAAGACAGUGUCCGGGAUGAAAUUUCAAGGGGAGAGACAUUUCAAUUUUCUUUGGAGGAGAUUAAGACUGCCACUAACAACUUCUCGGAUGAAAACAAGAUAGGAAGAGGUGGAUUUGGUGAAGUUUACAAGGGUACCCUCCGUGAUGAACAAAAAAUUGCCGUGAAAAGACUAAUUGGAAAUCUGGGGAAAGAAGCAGAUGAACAAUUUAAGAAUGAGGCCCUAUUGAUGACCAAGCUUCAACACAGGAAUCUAGUAAGGUUAUUAGGAUUCUGCGUAGAAGGACAAGAGAAAAUUCUGAUAUACGAAUAUGUGCCCAAUAAAAGCCUUGAUUUCUUUCUAUUCGAUAAGGAAAAGAGAAACAUGUUAGAUUGGACAAGGCGCUACAAGAUUAUAACAGGGAUUGCUAGAGGAAUUCUUUAUCUACAUGAAGAUUCUAGACUAAAAAUUAUACACCGUGAUCUAAAAGCUGGCAAUGUUUUAUUAGAUGAUCAUAUGAAUCCUAAGAUUUCAGAUUUCGGUUUGGCAAAAGCUUUUGUUGUGGACCAAACACAUGGAAGUACCAAUCGUAUUAUUGGAACUUAUGGUUAUAUGUCUCCAGAGUAUGCUAUGCAUGGACAAUUUUCUUUUAAGUCGGAUGUGUUCAGCUUUGGUGUGUUGGUUCUAGAGAUUCUCAGUGGCAAGAGGAACAAUUUUAUCUAUCAAUCACACGGUAGUGGAGACCUCUUGAGCUAUGCUUGGGAGCUUUGGAAGGAAGGAGCUUUCUUGGAAUUGUUGGAUCCAACUUUAAGAAAUUCCUUCUCAAAAAAUGAAGUGAUUAGAUGCAUUCACAUGGGAUUGUUAUGUGUUCAAGAAAAUCCUGUUCAUAGACCCACCAUGGCAACAAUAGUUCUCAUGCUCAACAGCUACUCUGCUAUACUUCCACCACCUCAACAACCAGCAGCCCUUUUUCAUCGUAAUAAUAGAACACAGUCGAGCACGACAACUCCUGGUGAGCACCAAUCUAAUCAAUCUACGCCCAAUUCAACACAAUGGUCGGUUAAUGACGGAUCCAUGAUCACUGAAGUCUACCCUCGAUAGUACAAGUUUGACACAACUCUCAAUUAUUUUCCAAAUUAUCCGUCUUUUGGGGCAUCAAAUUUAGAAAAAUAUAAUUAUUACAAAAAUAUUAAAUUUUAUGUUGGUUGCCUAACUCUUUAGGCCGGCCUAUCUGUCUAUACUUUGUAUAAUUAAACUCUCGUCAUGGUUGCACUUGCAUAUAUAGGACCAUUGUAAUGAUCUUAAUAGAAACUUAUGUUGCACAAUUUCCCGCUAAAAUGGGAUGUAGAACUAAUGAUUGUGCUAAUUAAUGUUUGAAAGAGCAUAUAUAUGGUACGUGGGUUUUGUUA